CAUUCUCUGGUCGGUCUUCAACUGAGUUGGACGUAGCUGAGAACGUGUGGUGUGCAUCACCGAGCAACUUCUCUCAUUCGUUGCGAAGUGCGGUAGAAUCGCACUCGUGUGUUUGACUACUUGCUUUGUGUGUAACAAAGUAUUCAUAUCCGAUAAAACAAGAAAUGGCUGAACAGGAAAAUAAGGAUUUCAGCGAGGAUAUCGCAGAACAGAACUUCGCCGAGCAGAACGGCGAGGCCGAAAACGGCGGUUCUGGCGGUGAACAGCAACAAAAUAAUCAGGAAUCUCAGGAAGACAGGUCGACCGGAGUUAGCGAGGACUCUCUGAAUGAUAGGAAAUUAUUUGUAGGCGGUUUAAGUUGGGAGACAACCGACAAGGAACUGAGGGAACAUUUUAGUUCUUAUGGUGACAUUGAAAGCAUCAAUGUCAAAACAGAUCCUAAUACAGGGCGAUCGAGAGGAUUCGCUUUUAUUGUUUUUGCUAAGGCCGAGUCUCUCGACAAGAUCAUGGCAGCUGGCGAUCAUGUUAUCAAUAAUAAAAAAGUUGAUCCCAAAAAAGCGAAAGCCAGACAUGGUAAAAUAUUUGUUGGUGGAUUAUCAACAGAACUUUCUGAUGAUGAUAUCAAAAAUUUCUUUUCGCAAUUCGGAAAUAUUGUUGAAGUGGAGAUGCCGUUUGACAAAACAAAGAAUCAAAGGAAAGGAUUUUGUUUCAUUACAUUCGAGUCCGAGCAAGUGGUUAAUGAACUCUUGAAAACGUCAAAACAGACAAUAAAUGGCAAAGAGGUCGAUGUGAAAAAAGCUACACCUAAACCUGACGGAAUGAUGAACAUGCGAGGAGGGCCCGGCGGCCGUGGUGGUCGUGGCAGAGGCGUUAGAGGUCGCGGAUUUAGUCAAAGUGGAUGGGGACAAGGUGGAUAUGGCGGUUACAGCAGUGGUGGCUACGGUCAAGGAUAUGGCAGUGGAUAUGACGGUUACGGCUAUGAUUAUUACAGCGGUGGUGGGUACGGCGGCUACGGAAACUAUGACUACAGUGGAUAUGGUACUGACAGACGCAACACCUAUCGCCGAUUGUCCAAUCAUUCCAAGUUCAUUAAACCGAAAAAUCGCAACUCUUUUGCAACAAACCAAUAGGUCGUUGUUAAUUUUGUGUUUUUUAUGAUUUCUAAAUAUACUUAUGUACACAUACGCGUGUAAAGAAGCGUAUAUGUAUCUACAUAUUAAGCGUAUAUAGUGUAGAGGAAUAUAUGUGUACACACCAUACGCGUGUGCUUGCACACAUUUGCUUCAUAAAUGUUAUGGAGCAUUUGUGGAUGUACAGUAAGCAAUGAGUCAAUAAUGAAUCGGUUUCACAAGAAGGGAAGGAGGUUUCCCUCUUCUAUGCGCCGUUUUUAUCCCAUUUUUAGUGGCUGAAAAAAAAACGACACAUAGGAGAUGAACUAUAGAUUUAAUACAAUAGAUUAGAUGUAUUCUAUAUGGUAUAGCAAUACUUGUUGAUGAAGUGUAUGCAGAAAAAUUUAUUUUUUUUCUCUUUUACUUCGCGCCUUGCAACAGUAGAAAUAUGUGCAGAACAAGUAAUUCUCGUGCAUUGAAAUAUUUAAAUGAUAACAUGAUAAAACCAUUUUUCCGUUGUAUAUUUUUGGAUUCUUCAACAACACUCGAGAAUAGUUUUAUGGAUCUUUAACAUACUUUUUUUGACAUCAGAUCUAGACACACACACACACACAUUUAUAUAUAUAAUAUAUAUUUAUAUAUUUACAUAUAUAUUAUAUAUUAUAUGUAAAUAUAUAUUAUAAUAUAUAUAAUAUAUAUUAUUCUAUUAGGGAAAUCGUCCUUCCCACGCGACGCAAUUUAUUUAUAAGGAAUUUACUAUUUAUCUUGUGAAUACUUACUUAUAUUACUGAUCUUUAAUUUUUGUCUUUAUACAACAUCGUGCGAAGACAAAUCUGAAAGUAAGCAGGCAACUUACUUUAUUUUUUACGUAGCAUUCGGAAACACUGGAACACAAAGAAAGAAAUGAUAGUUAUAAUGAAAAACUAUUUAUAAUGACUAUGUAAAUGAGAAACGAAGUAGAAAUUAUAAAAAUGCUUCCCCUUCUUAGCGAUAGAAUUAAAUAAAUUUGUGUAUAUAUUAUGUACAAAACAUAUAUAUGUAUCAUGUGUACGUAUAUAUGAAUAUAAUAUAAUAUAUACACAUAGUUUUGCUCUUUGAGCUCUUCUAUGGAAAAUUAUAAUAUCUUUUCUUUUUUUAAAAUGCGACUACACACAUGUAUACAGAAGAUUUAUGUUUGAAAUGUAAGAACAAUCUCAUUUAUAUAUUAGAUUUAAAUAAGACUGACACGCACAUUCAUGUAAACAAUUUAUCAAACAAAAAUAGAAAAUCUGAUACUUUUUUUUUUACCAAUUCCGUAAUGUGAUUGUAGAUGGAAUAUUACAAUAUCUCAAAUUUAACUCUGCGCACGUAUGCCACAACAGAAUUCUUGAUUCAAGAAUAGUGCGCAUACACGUUACAUUUGUAUAUCAAUGAUUUCAUUUUCUUGUGCGAUGAGAAAACAAAACUUUUAAAGUACAAGAAACCGAAGAAAAAUAACGGAUAUUAUAUCUUUUUUCAAAGUAUACUACUCCGAUCUCUCCUUGUAAAAAGUAUUACAGUAUACAAAUUUAAUAGGAUAGUUUUAUGUUAAAGAAAAUUUUUUUUGAAAUAAAUUAUCAUACUCACUAAUUGUUUUUGAAUUCUUUGAGACGUUUUCGUAUAUUAUACAUAAUUAGCCUCGACAAGUCAAUAUCGAGGAAACCCGAUCUGAAAUGGAUCUCUGAUACAUGUUAUCGUUACUGUUACCUGUCGAAGUCGAAACUAAUUUUCGUCAAGUGAGUUCUACGAAGUGGCGAAUUUCCUGUCCAAGUCGAUAUCUCGACAUUCACGUUCUAUUUAUCUGAGAUUUCUUGCGUUCGGUUCGACAGACCAAUAUCCAACUUCCGGCCGCACUCGAACGUUGGUGCGAUAGCGGAGCUCGUAACGUUCUCGGUUUGUGAUACGUUUGCCAUUUCUCAAAUUGCAAGGUUAUUCUAUCCCGUUAAGUAAGGUGUCAUGCUCAGAGUCCGUCAUUGACGGAAAUGUAAUUUAAUUUUUUAUAAGGUGAUUACGAUGAGCAAUCUUAACUCUGUUAUUUUGCAAUAUUUUUUGUAUCAUUUUUUAUAGAGGAUAAUACACUAUAUAUUUUUUUUUAGUUUCUUUUAUCAUUUAUUUGUCGGAUUUAAUCGGUGUAGACACACAUUUUUGUCAUCGACUUAUACGCUAAUAAAUAAAAGCUAAGGACACAUUAUCAUUUAUUAUAAUUACAUACAAUUUAUAUAACGUAUAUACAUAAUUUUUUUGUUUUAAAAGAAGAGUCGUGUCAUAUCCGUCCUUUCUUUGUCGUCACAAUAGAGCAAUAAUCGAAAAGUGAAAUUUGGAUCAGAAUUAAGUUUUAAAAUAAAUUACGUAAUAGUCAACGAAAUAUUAUAUAAAUACAACAUGCACUAGGUGACCUAUGAAUACAUACAUAGAUUACGCGCAUUUCUAUUUUUCUGUUUAUAUAAAACCAUUACUUCUCGUCCGUGUUUUUUCUCCUUUUCCAUUUUUAUUCUUCGAGUGAAAGCUCUCUAUUAUAUUUUGUUCGUGCAACGUGAUAUGAUUAUAGACACACUUUAUUUUUAUGUACGACUUUAUUAUUCUCAUAUUACCCUAUUGUACAUUCCCUUUUUUCUCUGGGUGCCUAUUUCUCAGUGCUAUAUUUCAGACUUUUUUGUACCAGCGUCACGUGAAGUCUCUUCAAAUAAAUAACACAUGAUACAUCUUUUCACUCUUCCUAAAAUCUUUUUUUUUUUUAUUCCCUUCGUGUCUAAAACGUAUUAUCAUCAGAUUUGCUGUAUUUUUCGCGUUUGUUCGCUAUGUGAGAGAAUUUUAUACUUAGUUCUUUAGAAUAUAUUAAAUAGCGUACUUUUCUUGAGAACUAACACUGCGCAGGUAUGGUAUAUUAUAUUGCAAACAAAUGCGCGCGAUGUUUCUCCAGGAAAUUCUCAUGCGCACUUUUCGCAAAAUCUCUUUAAUAUUAGCUUCUCGAUGGUAAUUAGACAAUGAGACUACAAAAAACAGCGCGCAAACAUGCGAUAUAUAUAUAUAUAUAUAUAUAUAUGGAAGCAUGAAUAAUCAUAACGCGAAUGUUUGAUUGCCCCGUUGUCGGAUAAUGAGGCGCUAGUUAACGCGUGAUAAAUUCUAUAUACAAUAAAUCCAAUUGGAUUCCGGCUUAAUUAAUUAUACGUUCGAGCGCGAUCGUUGAAUAUUUAGGGCGACGUGCUCGAUUUGAUCGAGUGUGUUUUAUAUUAUCCAUAAAUUCUAGCUGAGACAUCAUUGAAUAGAUUUGUGCGGUUCUGUAUGCGUUAAAGUGUGUGUGCGAAAAAAUACAUUUUGUUGUGAAAAGUUUAAGCUCGUGAGAUGUACGGAAGAAUACAACGGAAUCUCUUCGAAGUGGUAUGAACACACGGAAAUAUAAAAGAAAGAAUUAUGUUUAUCACUUUCUAUUUAAUACUCGCUUUCAAACGAUCUAUUAUAUGUAGACAAUAUCGUUUUAGAGGUUGACUAUAGUACGUAUUUCAUGUAAACAUUUAAUAUAAUACAAUUUCGUGAUCUAAUUGUGUGGAUGAUACUACAAUUUGUGCUCGCUUUUGUGGAAAAAAUAUGUAUACAUUUCUGUUCUGUAUAUUUAAUUAACGCUAGAAUCGCCAGAUAUCAUUAAUAGAUUACCGCCAUAAAUUGUUUUAGAUUUUAUAAUAGAAAUAAUUUUGAAACUCAUGUUCUCUUUCUGUCAUAACGAGAGAACAUGAUGCAUUUUAUUUAAUUUAUAUUAAAUGUUUUUGAUAUGUGUGAUAUAAUUUCGCAGAGCGCUAUAAUUAGUGAUAAUAUGUAUGUAUACCAAUAUAUUUGUGCGAGUAUAGUAUCUUUUGUGUAGUGGCAUUUAAAAUUUAUAUCUAGCGACACUUCUAGCAUUAAUAUGAUCAUAAUGUAUACGUGUGAAGGUUGACCUGUUUCGCAGAGGUUUAUAUGCAUGAAAAAUAUCUUCUCUUUGCAUCUUCGUUUACACAAUUCAAACUUCGAAUAAAGUUUAUAUAUUAGAUACAACCUUCAA